AUGUCCGGAAACUCCAGAAGCCUCAACUUCACAUCCAGUGAUCUGGGCAAAGACGUUAAUCUUAUGCUCAUGUUCGAGCCUCCCAGCAAUGGUACAUUGUACAAGGACUUGUUCCCUGUCUGCUGGAAGGUUCUUAAGUUCACCCCCUCCGGAAUCAGCGCAGCCAGAGUGGAAUACACUGCCGACACCGGUCUUCUGGUUCCCCAGAGGGACACAGGAAACCUUGUUGCCGCUUCCAAUGCCCAACGUUGCCAAACUGGCCAACUAUGCGUUAUGAAUACUAACGAUGCAGGAGAUAACUACCUCAACCCCGCCGUAAAUGGAGACCCUGGUGUUAUUCUCUGCGAUUUCCAGACUAAUCGCCCAGCAGAUGUCGCCUUUGGAUUCUUUAACAAGACCGGAAAUAAGAUUGAGCCUGUAUUGAAAUGGGACGGUGUUGGUGUUGGGAGCACCCUCGCCGUCCAGCUAACCCCGAAGUUGAAGAUAUACGCUAUAUCAGACUAUCAAGAAACCGAACUUGUCCGUGGAGAAAUCCGUUCACCACUUCUGUUCGAGGAGAACCUCAUCGCCCUUCCCAAUUUCUCAGAGUGGAUUGUGUCUAUCAACCCCGCGAGCAAGGCUGUUGAAAUUGCUCGCGGAUAG